AUGUGGCCAUUUCGAGCAGCUGCACCUUCUCCUACUCGACCAACAGCUUCACCGGAACAAACUGAACCACGCUUUGAAAGUAGCUACCGCGUCAAUCGAAGUUACUGCAGGUCACAUCAUAAACCAUUGACAAUAGAGUUCCUGAAGAAGAUUACCGGCCCAAUAACAAUUCCUUCCGGCAGAUUUGAAGCUAGAACUUUGUCAUCAGCCGCUGUUCACUUUGCUAAUUUACCCGAGAACAAACUCAAUGCUCUACAGAGGAGUGCUCUAGCAGAUUUCAAAGCAAACCCAGGCAAAUUCAGCUUUGAUGGUAGAAACAGCGUCGAAGAACUUUUGGAUGCAUGGGCAACGUUGUUUGACAAUCUAUUCUUCUUCGGUACGCUGCCGAAGGACAGUCGAGUUUCUGUGAAAUUCAAGCCAAAAUCACCUGGAGUGGACUAUCUAGCGCAUUGUGUGGUCUGGGCAAGAAAAAGCAGAGUCACAAUCUAUGAUGACCCCGGUAAGCCCCUUGUGUUCAUCUUAAAAGAAGCAGUCAACAGCUUGCUACAUGAACUUGUGCAUGCUUAUCUCGGCAUGUAUGGAUGCCAUGGCUGUCAUCGUUUGUGGGAAGAGGAAGGAAACAGUCACGGAAUUGCAUUCCUGGAUACCAUGUUUGCCGUCUCAAAUGGGGCACGACGACUCUUGAACUUCAAGGCUCCAAAGGGCGAAGGCUGUAAGACUUCCUUGGCUUGGGACAUACAUGACGAGGGCACGAGAUUUCCCGAGGAGGAGAUCUUAAGCAGAUGGAAAAUCUCUCGUAAAGCGCUGAUGAAGAGUGUAGAGGGAUACAAGGAAGGCGACGGAAUAAAAAAGGCCGCCAAAAAAGAAGCAGAAACUCUCAAGAAGACACAAAAAGGGGAACGGAUGCGGAUGAAGAAAAAAAGGUUGAUGAUAAGAUUCAUAGAUUCUACCUCCGAUUCAAAGGCUCUCCAGCUCCGGAUCUAG